AUGUUAUCCCCAUUUACCAUUUUCUUUGUACUUCAUUUGGUCUCCUCAGUUAGCUUAAAUGUAGCUCAUAAGAAUUCGUUCAUAAACGGCAGUUUUGAAAAUGUUUUAAAAUGCACAAGAUUUCAGAGCAGGAGGAGGCGGAAAAAACAUUUUCAGAGCAACAAUAGUGCUACACAUACACAGAGCAAUGUGAUUUUUAAGCAAAUUACAGAAAGAGAUUAUCCCUUUAGAAAAUACAAUAUCGGUGAUUUGUUUUAUGGAAGAAUAUUAAGUAUGAAUAAAAAAAAUGUAAAGUUGGACAUUUUAUGUGAUAGAAAAGCAUAUUUAAACACGUCAGAAUAUUUUCGUUCUCCUAUUUUACAUAAAUAUAUAUUUGUGUUGCUAAAGAUACAUAACAUUAUUAGAGUGAAAAUUAAAUAUAUUCAAAAAAUUCAUCAAAAAAUUACGGUACAUAUUCAGAAAUAUUCUUACGAUGAAAUAUUAUCAUCUUUUAAAAAUGACUAUAAUUUAAUUAACGCAAGAAUAUUGGAUGUUAAAGGAAAUCACUUGUUACUUUACUUGGCUCCAAAAAUACACGCCAAAUUGCCCCUUCCACAUGGAGGCGAACGCAUCGAAAGAUUCAAAUCUGGAAAUGAUAUUCUUGUUAAAAUUGAUUGCUUCGAUAAGGAGCGGGAGGAAUUGUAUGUGAAACUUCCCUAA